CCGGCGGGCAGGAGGCGGCGGGGACGGGCGGGUGGCAGCCGGGGCCGCACCGGGCUCGCCAUGGACUACUCCUACCUCAACUCCUACGAGUCCUGCGUGGCCGCCAUGGAGGCGAGCUACGAGUUCAGCCCCUGCAGCCAGGCGGGCUCCUUCCAGUACAGCCCCAUGCGGGGGGGCUUCGGGCCCGCGCCCGCCUGCGCCCCCCUCGCCUCCGCCAGCUGCGCCCUGGGUGCCCUCCGCGACCACCAGCCCUCACCCUAUUCAGCAGUUCCCUACAAAUUCUUCUCGGACCCAUCGGGGAUCAACGAGAAGCGGAAGCAGCGGCGGAUCCGGACAACAUUCACCAGCUCCCAGCUGAAGGAGCUGGAGAGGGUCUUUGCCGAGACCCACUACCCUGACAUCUACACCCGCGAGGAGCUGGCCCUCAAGAUCGACCUCACCGAGGCCCGGGUGCAGGUGUGGUUCCAGAACCGUCGAGCCAAAUUCCGCAAGCAGGAGCGUGCGGCCAAUGCCAAAGGUGCCAGUGGCACCGGCAGCACCGGGAAGAAGUCGGAGCCGCGCUCCUCCUCAGAAGACGACGAAUCCAAGGAAUCCAACUGCAGCCCGACUCCAGACAGCACGGCGUCCCUGCCUGCGGCUGCCAUCGGCAGCCCCGGCGGUAGCUUGAGCCCCAGCCCUGGCGUGGGGGCACCCCUGGGCUCCGGCCAUGCCCCCCAGCCCCUCAAGGCACCCCUCUGGGCAGGGGUGGGCGGCGGCAGCGGCGCCCCCAACACGGCCGAGCUGCUGAAGGCCUGGCAGCCCACCGAGGCUGUGCCGGGACCCUUCUCCGGCGUCCUCUCCUCCUUCCAUCGGAAACCAAGCGGCAUCAAGACAAACCUCUUCUGAUCCCUGAAUCACCGGUUCCGGCUGCCCCCAAACCCCCCUCGGCCCCCACCCUGCACCCUCCACCCACCGCCCCCACCACGGACCCAGCCGCGAUGCUUCAGCAA